AUGGAGACUUCAGGAUCCUCCUCCCAGCCUCAAGACAACAGUCGAGUCCACAGAGAAACAGAAGAUCUGGACCACAAGCAAGAUGGGAAGACCGGACCCUUUUCCCAAGAACAACAUGAGAGAGACAAGUCCUCCUCCUCCUCCUCUUCCUCCUCCUCCUCCUCCUCCUCGUCUUCGUCCUCGUCCUCCUCAGACAGCAGUGAUGAGGACCAGCACCCCAGAGUAACUGCAAAACGUCGCCGGAGCCUGGGGGCUGGACGCCCCCACAGGGACAGCUCACCCGGUGCGGGGCACGGGGAGCCUGAUGUUUGGAAGAAUGAGCUUCAACUCUAUGGAGAUGCCUCUGGAGAGCUGGUGCCCUCUGAGGAAUCAGGACUCCGAAGAAGAGGCUCUGACCCAGCAAAUGGAGAAGUGGAGGCCUCUCAGCUAAGAAGACUGAACAUAAAGAAAGAUGAUGAGUUUUUCCAUUUCGUCCUCCUCUGCUUUGCCAUCGGGGCCUUGCUGGUGUGUUAUCACUAUUACUCAGACUGGCUCAUGUCCCUUGGGGUUGGCCUGCUCACGUUUGCCUCCCUGGAGACCGUUGGCAUCUACUUUGGGCUGGUGUACCGGAUCCACAGCGUCCUGCACGGCUUCAUCCCCCUCUUUCAGAAGUUGAGGCUGAUGGGUUUCAGGAAGACUGACUGAGGCCACUGCCAGGUGGACAGCUGAGCCCCACUUUGACCAAUACGGUAUGCGCUGAGGCCACGAGGACAGACGGACGUUCUGGGAGACACACGAGAAGCCAAGCCAGAGCAAUAAAGAAAGCACUUUUCCUUCCAUGUGGUCUGAGUAUUGGCCCCAGCACGGGCCGGUGUUCCACUUGGGCAGCAUUAGCGUGCUGUCCAGCUGCUGGGAUGGAAGGCAGAGGGAGGGUAUGGGGCUGAAUCCUUCAUAGCACCUGGAUAAGCAGGGAGACUGGGAUGUCACUGCUCUCAGGAGACAGUGAGAGACCCCGGUCCCUGUGAGCUGCAAUCUGUCUGGGCUUGGGUUUCAGGCUAUCCUGGUGGGCUCUCAGGUCCUACAGAACCAUCCUGGACACUCAGUCCACUGCCCUGAGCAUGGUCCCCUGGGGUGAACCCGAUGUACGUAAGAUGUUGGGGACUAAAGCCCCAGCAUCUGGGCAUCUCCCCUGAGCCCCAUCGCCCAGUGACAGCCCCUGCCUUGGACAUCAGCAUGAUUCAAAUAAACGCUCUCUUC